ACUUACAUUUUCACUUAUUUAGUUUCUGUGGCCAGGUGAGCAUUUUCUAAAAAAAUAAUGCUGUGCCUUUUAUUAGUCAUGCUAAUGGAUUGGUCCAUCUUCAAGAUUUGAUCAUAUUACUAACUAAAGAAAUUUGAUGAAAAUUUCUUGUUAAAUUUACAAUUUAUGUGUUCUAAUUUAACCAUAUGGCAGACAGUUUGUUAUUUGAUUCUUAAAAAGAAUGAUAGUUUCUAUUUACUGACUAAAUUAUACUUAUCAAAUGCAUUGGAACCAUUAUUAACAGGAUAUUAAUAAACUGAAUAACUUGAUUAAAACAAAAUGUUUCAGAUUAUAUAUUUAUUUAGGAUAUUAUCUAUUAUUGCUUGGAUUAUAAUUAUAAAUUUUCAUUAUAUCACAUGUCAGUCAGAUUAUUUAACAUCAACAAAUUUGAUACAGCUACAUCCUGAAAGUCAAUCAGUUACACUCAAUAGUACAGUACGGCUACAAUGUCGUGUACGUAUGCUGAUAGAUCCAGACACAGGAGCAGGUGUACAAGUUUAUUGGUCUAAAAAUGAUUUUGGUAUUGGUGGUAAUCGUGAAGAUAUUCAAGAGUAUGGACGUAAUUCACGAUAUGAUUACUCUCGCUAUGAUUUACCAUACAACUUGAAGGAAGGACAAUAUGAUCUACAAAUAAUGAAUGUAGAACUAUCAGAUGAAGGUUCGUAUGUAUGUCAAGUGAAUUUUAUGCGACAACAAUAUCUAAGUCAAACAGCAGUCUUAACAGUACAAGUUCCAUCUGAAGCACCACAACUUGUACAAAUAACCAAUGAAGGUAAAGGUCAACGAAUAGAUAUUGGUCCGUCACGGCCUGCAAUUGUUGAUGAUGGAAGUAUUAUGGUUCUUGAAUGUAUUGCUCGUCAUGGUAAACCGGGAGCAUUGCUUACAUGGUUUAUUGACGGUGUUCAAGUAAAAUUAGAAUCGAAUCCUGACAGUACACCUGGAUCAUUUAUUUCUGGUUUCUCUGGUAACUUAACAUUUCAACUUGAAUCAUCUGCUAAAAUACCAAGACUAGUUGAUGCAACUAGUUCAAUGAGGGCACAUUUAAAUAAAUUGCAUCAUGGCAAACUUGUUGAAUGUAGAGCAGAAAAUACUGGAUAUGAAAUGCAUACACUUCGUCCAGCUCAGACAAAAAUUGAAGUACAUUACGCUCCUGUUGUGAGUAUACAAGUACGGCCCUCACGACCUGACAAUCAAUUUAUGGAACAUGACAUUAUUACUGUCGAAUGUACAGCACACGGAAGACCAGAUUCAUUCUUCUGGGAAUGGUAUGUAAAUGGACGUCAAGUUGAAAAUAUCGCCGAAUCAUGGUAUCGUCUCCGAUUAACACGUGAAUUACAUCAAUCUGUAUUUCGGUGCAUUGCAAUUUCAAAUAAAAAAGGCGUUGCUGAAACAACAAUAAAAGUUAAAUUUGGACCUCAAUUUCAUCAAGCUUCAGCUUUACUAUUCACAGCAUCGCUAGGUGAAGAUGUUUUAAUGGAUUGUCCAGCAAUAGGUAAUCCAACACCGCAUAUUGAAUGGAGACGUGAAGGUGGUAGGGAAGUUCUUUCACGCAGUGUUUCACUGAAACGUGAAAAUUUAAAAGAAGAAGAUUUUGGGACGUAUAUAUGUACAGCUUUUGUACCGGAAUUCCCCCCUGUAUCCAAACAAAUGUAUAUAGCUAGACGAAAACCUCCUCGUAUUCAGCCAAACCCAAUAGUUCAUGCUUAUUUAGGUCAACCAGCCAGAUUACGUUGUACAGUGAAUUCAGUGCCACUUCCACCUUCUGGUCAAACGCAUUGGUAUUUCAAUGGUAAUCCAAUUCAGCCAGAUUCACAUCAUAAAUUUGAACAAGAAGAAUUUAUCGGUGGUGUGGUACUUGUUCUUCAUAUUGCACAUGUGAUGAUGAGUGAUUUCGGUCAAUAUAAUUGUUCUGUGAAGAACGGCUAUGGAUCAGAUUGGAAAUUAAUACGUCUCAGUCAUCAAGAAGAUAUCCCAAUUCAGUUUAUUAUCGGUGCAGCGGUCACUGUCGGGAUUCUGUUAAUAGUAGGAUUAAUACUUCUGUGUAUAUGCCGUCAAAGAGUAUGUGGAUUUCGUUAUAAUAAAGGUAAUCGCACUAAACAGCCAUCAAGGAAUUCUUUACAAGAUUAUGGUGUAGUGAAUUCAGAUUUUAUAACACGUGCUUAUACGCCGAAUAUGCAUUAUCGUCAAGAUCCAUAUCAGUGUUAUUCAAAUAAUCCAAGCUUAAAUAAAUCAUUUGCUCGUUAUGCUUUCGAUGGUACAGAUCAGUGUGUUCUUUGGUCUUCCUCUUCUCCUUUGGCCUUGAGGAUUCCAUGUGAGGGCUUGUCUUGUGACGCAGUUGGGUGCUUUCUUCAAUGUGUGUCCUAUCCACUUCCAGCGCUUCUUCCUGAUUUCUUCCUCCACUGGGAUCUGGUUUGUUCUAUUCCACAAUAGGUUGUUGCUGUUAGUGUCUGGCCAAUGGAUCCGACGUAUUUUGCGUAAACAGCUGUUAAUAAACACCUGUAUCUUCUGGAUGAUGACUUUCGUAGUUCUCCGAGUUUCUGCCCCAUACAGUAGAACUGUCUUGAUAUUUGUAUUGGAAAUCCUGACCUUGGUGUUGGUUGACAGUUAUUUUGAGUUUCAGAUAUUCUUCAGUUAUAAAUAUGCUGCUCUUGCUUUACCGAUCCGCGCCUUCACAUCUGCAUCAGAUCCACCCUGUUCAUCAAUGAUGCUGCCCAAAUAUAUAAAGGUUUUUACAUCUUCCAAAUAUUCUCCGUCAAGUGUCACUGGACUGGUGCAUGCUGUGUUGUAUCGGAGAAUCUUGCUUUUCCCUUUGUGUAUAUUGAGACCUACUGCUGCUGAGGCUGCUGCUACUCUGGUCGUCUUCUCCUGCAUUUGUUGUUGCGUCUGCCUUGCUAACGCCUAUGCAGUUCAUAAGUUAUCAAUUCACGCUCUUUUUCAACCAAAUUGUCUGACCUUACAGAUGAUUUUAAAAGACUUGUAAGGUGGGACUAUGUGACCAGAGUCCAGAAGAUGAUUUAAUAUCGAACUGUUGAUUGAUUUACAUUCACCUUUCGAAUGCCACGCGGAAUGACGUUCGGAGAUGUGUUUGUAGAGCACUUUUUGCGGCCUAUGUAAUAAUCCUUCUAUCUUUCAAAAGACUAUUUUAUUUGUGAAUGAACCAUAAUUACGACUGUACAGCUUGAGUAAAUGAUAGUGUCGAAAAGAAAAUUUUGUUCGCUGAGUUGUUCUAAUUAUUUUUCAAUAACACCAUGGGUUACUGUCAUUAUGAUGUACAUGAUUCGAACUUACUAUACUUCAUAUCAAUAAAUGAAAAACCACAAAAAUGAAAAUAUUCAUACAAAAGCAGUAAAUAGUAACAUUCAAAGAAACAGGCAAACGAAAGGGGGGGGAAUAUUGUUUAGAAAUGGAAGCUCUGUCAGUCGAAAUCUCUAAUCACUAGUGUUAAUUGUCUUGUGAAUCCUGACUGAAAUGCUUAUAAAUGCUUUCUCACUCAGACUAACAGACAGAAGUGUCCUAGAUUUUAAAGACAACUUUCCUAUAUUAUCAGACGCACCAUCAAGAUGAAUAAAAUCAACAACUAUCUCGGUGAAGAUUGUUUAAAAAUAAAUCUAUAAGCUAAACUGCUUUCUAUAGUGUUUCACACGUAACGUUACCUGCAAAUAUUCAGUGGUUCUAUUAAACCCUUGAGCUGCUUUAAGAGUAUAGGUAAGAUAUGUCUAGAACAAAUGUUUACAUAAACGCAUUUUCAUUUUCAACAAUCGUAUUUUACAGUUUCAUAGUGAAGAAAAUUCUCUUGAUACUCACUAGAAUAAAUUAUUAGUCACGAAAAUGAUCUACUUUGUAAGAGGUAAAAGCCAAACUUUUCACGACGAAAAUACUUCCAAGUCAAGUAACUCGA